AUGAGAAAGGAAAAGAUAGUCAAUAUGGCAUUUUACUACUUAUUCUAAUCCACUAUGGAUGAAAUAAAGAUAGCUAAUAAAUGUGGAAUACAAUAAUUAAGAUUUUCGCUCAUUUCAACUUUAAGUAAACCCUGA